AUGAAAGUAAAACUUGCAACUCAACUACUAAGUCAAUCAGUCGCAGACGCACUUAAAUUUUGCAAAGAUACUCUUAAAAUUCAUGAGUUUAGUAAUGCAGGUGCUACAAUUUCAUUUAUUGAGAUGUUUAAUAAGGUGUUUGAUAUAUUAAAUAGUAGAUCUAUCAAUUGCAUUGAAUCCAAAAAAGCACUUUGCAAAGAAAAUAUUGAAGAAAUUAAAUUGUUCACAAAUCAUUUCUGUACUUAUAUCAAAGGUCUUAAAAUCUUAGAGAGUGAUAAUAAUUUUAUACCUGUACUUGAAUCUAAACGUAAAACUGGUUUUAUAGGUUUCAUUGUUUCUUUAAAUAGUUUAUUGCAAUUAUACUCAACAUUAAUUGAGUCUAAUAAACUGUCAUAUAUUAAAGCUUAUAAAGUAAGUCAAGACCAUUUAGAAAUAUUCUUCUGUAGUAUUCGCUCCCAUGGUGGGUUCAACAAUAACCCAACAGUAAGACAGUUUCGCUCUGCCUAUAGAAAAUUAGUUAUACGAACCACUGACAUGAAGCAAUUUAAUACUGGCAAUUGUAUACCUUUAGAAGACAUCGAUAUUUUACAUUAUUCUAGUUCAGAUCCAGUCACAGUAUUAAAUAACAAUUCAACAAAUAUAAAUUCAGAUAAAAUUGUGGAGGAAGAAAAUUCACAAAAUAUAAAUUCAUUUAUAAUGGAUCAUGACUAUAUUGUGAGUAAUAGUGAUUAUUCUUUUAGUUAUUUUUCAAAAGAAGUUAUAACUUAUGUAGCUGGAUUUGUAGUUCAUAAACUUACCAACACACUUAAAUGUAAUAACUGCAAAUAUGCAUUGUGUGCUACUGAUAAAGCAUGUUUUUUAAACUCUUUUAUUACUCUAAAAAAUAAGGUUGGUGAUAGAGGUGGUUUAAUUUACCCAAGUGACAGCGUCAUGAAUAUUUGUUUCAAAACUGAAAAAGUAUUAAAAAAAUACAGCUAUAGGAUUAAAGCAGUCAAUAAAUUACAAAUUCAGUCAGAAGUCUUAACCCAUUUUUUAUACAACUCAAACUUGUUUGCAUCAUUAAAAACUCAUAGUCAUGAAACAAGAAGUCCAUUAACUGAUCACAUAACUUUAUUAAUAAAAUCAAUUACAUCAACCUACGUUAAUUUAAAAAUUGAUUACACUUUAAAAAACCAUAACGAAACACCAUCACUAAGAAUGUGGUAUAACAAACUCACGAUUUUUAAAGGACAAUAA